AAACACAAUGUGCAUUAAUGAUCAAUGUCUUUAAAAUUACAGAAGUUUUUUUUUUUUGAAAGAUGUAACAUAAUGCUUGUAUAGAUAACGCACUUGUUCGUCGUGUAUGGUUUGGUCACGAUUCCAGUUUAACGUGUUUUAAAGUUUUCUGCAAGUUGUUUGGGACUACAGAAAAUUUGGAAGAGAUAUUUUCAUUCUUACUAAUCGUAAUUUAGAAUUUUGUGAUGUGAUCUCUACAGACAACAUGGGUGGUGGAUCCAGUAUUUUCACAAAACAAGAGCUGGACGACUAUCAGGAACUUACAUAUUUUACGAAGAAAGAGAUACAUCAUGUAUACAAACGUUUCAAAAGCCUGGCGCCGAACCCGGAAGCUGUAACCAAGGCAACCAAAUUGUCACGUGACGAACUUUAUGCACUUCCAGAAAUAAAAGUUAACCCUUUCAAAGACCGCAUUGUGCGGGUCUUCUCAUCUGCCGGUGACAACAGUAUGACGUUUGAGGACUUCCUGGAUAUGAUGUCAGUUUUUUGUGACCACGCCCCCUUGUCAAUCAAAAUAGAAUACGCCUUCCGAAUUUAUGAUUUCGAUGAGGAUGAUUCCCUUGGUCGCGAGGACUUACGUAAGUUGAUUGACAGAUUGACGGGUGAAAUGAAGUUAGGAGAAUCUGACAUGGAGCAAUUAAUCCAAGCAAUACUUGAUGAAUCAGACUUGGACAAUGAUGACGGAUUGUCAUUUGCAGAAUUUGAGCACAAAAUGACAAAAAAUCCAGAGUUUGUUACGAGCUUCAGGAUAAGAAUGUAAGACAAGCUUCUACUGUGUGGGCGACAGGACAAAUAUUUUUAGAAAUGAUGACAUUAACGUUUAUAAUAUAUACAGGGGCUCACUAAUAUACAUGUAGUUAGUGUAUUUAUAUUGAUUUUAUGAUUAUGGUCAAAAGUGAUCCCAUCUCCCAAUAGAGCUGUGCAUAAUGAAAUCUAGACAGACAGUAUUCAUCGAAACAAUGUAGACAAAACGUGCACAUAAUUUCAAGUAUUGUGAUUUUUCAUAUCAUAUUUUCUUGCUGAUAAUUGUUAACUGCCAUUUAACUAUCUUCUUACAACUUUUUUACAUAUCUUUUAACUACUGUAAUAAUCUGUUUCCCAUAAAAUUGACUAAGAAGUAUGCAAAUCAAAUGAAAAAUGUAGCUGCUUUAUUAUAAAGCUGCCUUUCCUCUGAUUUUUUUUUAUGAAUAAUUUACAAAUAGACAGAGUACUAUGUCAGUGCCUUUCUCAGAAAUAAUGAGAGAUUGUCCACAUAUCAUGUUGUCUUUAUAAGUAAGCAUACGCGAUAAAAAAUUGGAAAUGCUCCAAAAAUGUGUCUCGAUGAUCAAUUAAAUUGAAUAUGAAAUUAUGCAUGUUUAUCCUUUGUAAUAGCUAUGGCCCAUGCUGGAAACCCAAACCCUUAGGAUGGAAAAAUAAAAAAAUUGUUUAAUUAACUAUGCACUUUUCAUCAGAGAAACAAGUUAGUAUAUACGUCCAUGUCUUUUGUUAUUAAUUUGUAAAUGACCAUUAUAAAAUGUUCCAUACAUUUGUUUGUUAUUUACAUGUACAUUGCUUUGUAAACCAGAAAUUGAAUAUAAAAUUUAUAUGGUUUGUUGAAGUUUACUCGGAAAUAAAUUCCAACUUGUUAGAUGAAAA